ACGGCGGCGGCGGCGGCGGCGCAGAUUGCCGUCUCUCCUGAAAUAUCUAGAAGACUGGUGAAACUCGAAGGAGAUAGGGAAGUGUCAUCUGCAAGGUUGAAAGGAAAAGCACAGUGAUUCUGGAUGCAAAUCUGUGUGUUUUUGUAUGACAAGCGGGCUCGAAUGUCUAGUUCCAUUACUUUGUAUUGUUGAACCUGAAUUGGAACGAAUACAUUUCUAGGAACCAAAUGGGAAAUCUUUUAAAAGUUCUCACUUGCACAGAACUUGAUCAGGGGCCAAAUUUUUUCCUUGACUUUGAAAAUGCACAGCCUACAGAUGGAGAAAGGGAAGUAUGGAAUCAAAUCAGUGCAGUUUUACAGGAUUCUGAAAGCAUGCUUGCUGACCUUCAGUCUUACAAAGGAGCUGGACAAGAAAUUAGAGAAGCGAUACAAAAUCCAAAUGAUAUUCAACUUCAAGAAAAAGCAUGGAAUUCAGUAUGCCCCCUGGUUGUGAGGCUAAAGAGGUUUUAUGAGUUUUCACUCAGACUAGAAAAAGCCCUGCAGAGCUUAUUGGAGUCCUUGACCUGUCCACCCUAUACCCCAACUCAGCACUUGGAGCGAGAGCAGGCUUUAGCUAAGGAAUUUGCAGAAAUCUUACAUUUUACACUCCGUUUUGAUGAACUGAAGAUGAGAAACCCAGCAAUUCAAAAUGACUUCAGUUAUUAUAGGAGGACGAUAAGUCGCAACAGAAUAAACAAUAUGCAUCUAGAUAUUGAGAAUGAAGUUAACAAUGAAAUGGCCAACAGAAUGUCUCUAUUUUAUGCAGAAGCCACCCCAAUGCUGAAAACACUCAGCAACGCAACAACCCAUUUUGUAUCGGAAAACAAAACCCUACCUAUUGAAAAUACAACUGACUGUUUAAGUACCAUGGCUAGUGUAUGCAAAGUCAUGUUGGAAACACCAGAAUACAGAAGUAGGUUCACCAAUGAGGAGACCCUGUUGUUCUGCAUGAGAGUAAUGGUGGGAGUUAUUAUUCUCUAUGAUCAUGUCCAUCCUGUGGGAGCUUUCUCCAAGACAUCAAAGAUUGAUAUGAAAGGAUACAUAAAAGUUUUAAAGGAACAGCCUCCUGACACAGUUGAAGGCCUUCUGAAUGCCCUCAGGUUCACUACAAGACACCUGAAUGAUGAAUCAACUUCAAAACAAAUUCGAGCCAUGCUUCAGUAGUACCCUCUGGGACAGGUGAAUGUGUGUAUUGAUCACAGAAGAUGUGUAUGUUUACAUAAUUUAAUACAGAUUGAUGUUAAUACUUGUGUGUAUUUACAUAACAAUUUUCUUCAGAUCACUGAAAUAUAUGAAACCUUAUUCAUAACCAGACUGCUUGAUUAUAGCACAACUAUACUUUACAGGCUAGCCUUAUCUCUUGACAUUAAAAAUAUUUUUUUUACCAAGAAACUUCAUCGACAUCUAUAACAAUCUAUGUUUAUUUCAGUCCUUAAAUGCAUCUCUUUCACAAAAGUAAACAGUAGUAGCAACAAAAUGGAGGUCAAAUAGACUAAUCUUUCAGUUACCCUAAAAGUGAAACCUUGAAGGUGAAAUUUAAUAUAAAUGAAAAUAAAAUUGAAAUAUUGUACUUAAUAACAUGCACAAGUUCAGUUGCCCAUUAUUUUUAAAUACAGUUUUCACUACUCUCUUAUGGCUUACGGUAAUUUGAAUAUUUACACACUUGUAUGGAAGAGAACUUGUUUUGUAUUAGGAAGAAGGGAAUGGUCAUAUAGUUAGUAAUGGUCCUUGGCUAGCUGACUGAAUCAAACAAAUUUCUCUUGCAGGAGAGGGCAUUUUGCCUCCUUGGUUUAUUAGGUAGCCCCUGUUCCACAAUUGAUAAAUAUCUUAUUUCAGGCUCUAUUUAUGUACAUAUCAAAUGCAGUUCAGGAGCGUAACUGGAUUUUGACAACUUGUUCAAGUGUACUAGUCAAAGAGAACCAAAAAUAAAACCUCUCCUAGCCCCAAUGUUUUACAUCUUAGAAUAUAAGGAGGACGUGUUAAUUUUGUCUGUACUAGAAAAGAUUUGUCAAAUCUUAGCUAAAUCAGCAAAGUCUCCUAAUGGAGGCAAGGCUUAAACUAGCAAAAGGCCUUUUUUUUUGCUGGUAUAAGUAUGUUGUAUAGAAUUAUACUCCUCACUAACCUUAUUGCAUUUGCAAAUGUUUUGAGUGUAGACCUAGUGUCAUCAGAAUGGGAGAGCUUGACUUCCUUUGGGACUUGAGCUGCUUUUAAAUAUACCAUCAAGUUUCUUAUAGUAUUGUUUAUCAACUGACAUCAUGUGAAAACUAGGAAUUAAAAUUUUUACAGCAAACGUUGCACCAUUGCUACUUAGGUGUAGGAAAAUCUAAAUAGACUACAGACCAUUCAUUAGAUUUUGCCCAUCAGGCCUGGUUACUUUCCAUUGUACUUCAAUUGUGACUGACAUGCAAGAAGUUUUCUCUCACUUACUUAGUUCCCAGUUGACUUCUUUUCUUUUUUCAAUCAAAAAAAAUUAAAAUCUUUUGCUGAAACCAGCAAAGCAGCCUUUUUGGCAUGUCUUCUGAGUGAUCUGCAGCCACUGUAAAUAUUUUCGUGUGGCAAUUGCAUUUUCAAUAAUGCAUGUUCUAAAUUGUUUGUGUACUUAGCUUGCAUUUGUGCACACAAAUUCAAAUUUAUGUACACAGAUAAGGAUUUGUGUAUACAUGUACACAUGUUCCUACAUCAGCUGAUGUGCAUUUACUGGAGUUUUCUUGCAUGUACUUUUGAAAACUUGGCCCUUAAUAUUUUGGAUGUGUAACAUGGUGCACUGCUACAAAGCUAUUUAUCAAAGUCAGUCUCUAAGCACUGUUUAGGUUAUAAGCUUUCUGUGGUGGGGAUUGCCUCCUCCUUUGUUUGCACGAUAUUUAGCAGUAUGAGGUCUCAAUUCUGGUUGGGGCCUGUAGUAGCUAAUGUAGUGUGUAUAUAUAAACAAUGCUUCUGACUGUACAGUAUAACUACAGCUGCAGAGUACUCUGUCAUCAGGAACCAAAUCUGAAAUUGGGUAUAUGGGAAAUAGUUUUGUUUUUCCUGGAUGCAGUGAUCUCCCACAAUGUGUUUAAAAAAUAACAAAUUUCUAAUGUUUGGGGUAUUUAUUGAAUGUACUUGAAAAACUAGUUUCACCAUUGCCACUUAAGCUUAGGAAAAUCUAAAUAGACUACAGAGCAUUCCAUGGAUUUAGUAGACUUUUAUUUCUUAAAAUUAAUACUUUCCAAUAUGUUUGGAAGGAAACUUAACUUUUUUUAUGAACAUAGAGGAGAGCUCUUUGCCACCUGUAUAAUAAAAGUAUGAACCUGAAAGCAUUCUGCAAGUUAUCAUGUGUUCUUUGAAGCUGUAACUGCAUUUGUUGGACUGAUACAGUGUUUUUGUACAGAAAUUUGUUUGAAAUAAUAAAGAAGUUUGGUACAUUUUAA